AUGCAGCUCAUCGCUUUGCUCCUGCUGUUGCCACUCCUCGUGGUGGCCGCCUACCUGACCGCGGCGGCAGCCUCCGGUCGCCGGAGCUCGCGGUGCUACCUCCUGGACUACGUCUGCUACAAGCCGCCGGACGACCGCAAGGUCUCCACGGAGAUGCUGAGCGCCGCGAUGGACCGCAGCGAGCGGCUCAGCGUGCCCCUCCGCCGCUUCCUCCUCCGCGUCGUCCUCCGCUCGGGCCUCGGCGAGCACACCUACGCCCCGCGCACCGUCAUCGCCGGCCUCGAGCACAGCCCCACCCACCAGGACUGCCUCCACGAGAUGGACGCCUUCUUCCACGGCGCCGUGGCGGAGCUGUUCGCCAGGCAGUCGGGCCUCGGCCCUCGCGACGUCGACGUCCUGGUCGUCAACUCCCCGCGGCGCCCGACGCUGGCGCUCGUCGUCUCCGCGGAGUGCAUCACGCCCAACUGCUACGCGGGCGUCGACAGGUCCAUGAUGCUGGGCCACUGCCUCUUCCGCUGCGGCGGCUCGGCCGUGCUGCUCACCACCGACCCGGCGCUCCGCGGGCGCGCCAAGAUGGAGCUCCGCGUCGUGGAGCGCACCACCGUCGCCGCCGCCGACGACGCGCACUCGGCCAUCGUGCAGCGCGAGGACGGCGACGGCCUCGUCGGCAUCAGCCUCAGCAAGUCGCUCCCCAAGGUCGCCGUCCGAGCCUUCGCCGCCAACAUGACGCGCCUCGCGCCGCGCAUCCUCCCCGUCAGGGAGCUCACCCGGUUCGCGGCCGUCGUGGCAUGCCAAAAGCUGCUGCGCUGCGGUAGCAGCUCUAAGGUCAACUUCAAGGCCGGGGCCGACCACUUCUGCCUCCACCCCGGCGGCGUCGCGGUGAUCGACGCGGUGAAGCGGGACAUGGGGCUGGAAGAGCGCGACGUGGAGCCGUCGAGGAUGACGCUGCACAGGUGGGGGAACACGUCGACGAGCAGCGUCUGGUACGUGCUGUCCUCCUACAUGGAGGCCAAGGGAGGCUCAAGGUCGGGGGUGCUCAUGGUCACCUUCGGGUCGGGGUUCAAGUGCAACAGCUGCGUCUGGGAGGUCACCGGCGACAUGGCCGACAAGGGUGCCUGGGCCGACUGCAUCGACAGCUACCCGCCGGAGAGCCUGGCCAACCCGUUCCUGGGCAAGUACGCCUGGAUGAACGGAGGAGACCAGGCCGACGAUGCCCCGUCGGUCGGUUCACAUGCCAGCUGA